AUGGCAUCUCGAUUGAUGACUCCACAACCGGAGGAGUCUGAGGGCUUGGAGGCCUCGCCGUUUGCCUCGGCCUUCAAUGCAUCUCGGGACACUGCUUGGACACCCGACGACCUCGUUGCGAACGUGACCGAGGAUGUCGUAGAGAUCGAUGGCCCGUGCCAAAGACAGCCCUCGGCUGUGAGAUGA